AUAUAUAUAUAUAUAUAGAGAGAGAGAGAGAGAGAGAGAGAGAGAGAGAGAGGUUACAGAACCAAUAAAGAUUGUCCGAAAUUUUCAUCCGUGGACUUUCGUUUCCCCUGAAAGUUCAAGAUAAACAAGCAAGCAAACAGGCAGGAGCUCCAACAGGGAACAACACACAGAUCAGAGGAGGUUUUGCCGAGGAAGCGAAGCCUUGAGCUGCCAGGGGAAGCAAGAAGGAGCUCAUCUCCCUUCUCUUUGGGCUGAGCAAGAAAUGGCGGACAAGCAAGAAACCAGGAAGCCCCCAAGACCCACCAUAACUCUCCCACCCAGACCUUCCAUGGACAACUUCGCUGGGCUCACCGCCAACAGCCCCGGCCCCAUGACCCUCGUCUCCAGCUUCUUCUCCGACAACUACCCCGAGUCCUCCCCGGAUUUCAGGUCUUUCUCCCAGCUUCUUGCUGGAGCAAUGAACUCGCCUCUUGCGGUUAUGGCCUCUGUCCAAACUCCCCUUUUCGUGGAUAAUUCUUCAGCGGAUGCCAAAUCUGGAGAUGGGGCUGAUAAGAAUUCAGGGUACAAGCAGAAUAGACCUGUGAGCUUGGCAGUUGUGAGGUCACCUCUAUUUACUGUUCCUCCUGGUUUGAGCCCGUCUGGUCUGCUCUCACCUGGAUUCUUCUCCUGUCAGAGCCCCUUUGGAAUGUCUCACCAGCAGGCCUUAGCACAGGUCACAGCUCAAGCUGCCCUAACCCAGUCCCACAUCGGCGUGCACCCAAAUUCUCAGCCACAAACUAAUUUUGCUCCAGAGCCGUUAUUCACUCACGAACCGCCCUCCAUUCCCAGUGAAGCUCCUCAGCAUAUACAAGCACCACCACCAUCAUCGGUCCCUGCUAGUACCAUUCCCGAAUCAUCUGAUAUCACCAGUUCUUCGAUAAGGAAUGAACCACUUCCUGUUUCUGUGGAUAAACCGGCCGAAGAUGGGUAUAAUUGGAGGAAAUAUGGCCAGAAGCAGGUGAAGGGCUGCGAGUAUCCUAGAAGCUACUAUAAAUGCACGCAUCCGCAUUGCCCGGUAAAGAAGAAGGUCGAGCGCUCUCUCGAUGGUCGAAUCACAGAGAUAGUGUACAAAGGUCAGCACAACCACGAGAUUCCACAGCCCAAUCGGCGGUCGAAGGAAGCUAACAGCGUAAGUGGAAGCACGCUUUCCCAUGCUAAGCCUGAAGUUGCUUCACAGAGGCAGAUGGGUAACUUGAAUCAAAUCGAAUCUGCAAACACAUUACCCAGAAGAGAUCAGGAGCUUACUCAGGCAACGACAAUGCAGACAAGUGUGUCGAGCGGCAAUGAAGAAGCUGAUGAUACUGACACAAUAACGAUAGGCGAUGAUGAUGAACCACAUCCAAAGAGGAGGAAUGUGGAAGCCACGCAACCGGAGGCAGCUUCUUCAGCAGCACACAGGACAGUAACAGAACCAAAGAUAGUUGUACAGACCAGAAGUGAAGUCGAUCUUCUGGAUGAUGGCUACAGAUGGCGCAAGUAUGGGCAGAAAGUGGUGAAAGGGAAUCCUCACCCCAGGAGCUACUAUAAGUGCACUUUUGCGGGAUGUAACGUCCGAAAGCACGUGGAGAGGGCUGCAGCUGAUCCCAAGGCCGUAAUAACGACAUACGAGGGGAAACACAACCACGGUGUUCCAGGUGCUAGAGGCAACAGUCACGCCACCGCAAAUACAAAUCAAGUGUCCCAACCAAACCCACGGAAGCCAGUGGCACAAAGUCACGCGUUGCGCGGCGGAACAGGCUUUGGGAACAACCAGAGGCCUGCACUUCUGCGGCUGAAAGAAGAGGAAGUUGCCUCCUGAUGGCCAGAAACAGCCUGUCCGAUUCUUUAAAUUGCCAAUUACGAUGCAUAUAACACGCAGCAUGUUGAACAAUCAAGCAGUCGCAGGCCAGAGAAGCCUGCCUUCUGCAAGAUGCUGUUCGCUACAGAGUGAAAAGAAAUGAAGACACGAGAAGCUGUUGAUCAUAUGUUGUGGGAUGUUAUAGUACUGAACAAAUUUUCAAUGUUUUGAUGCUUGUAACAUACAAAGUUGUAUAAUUUCAAGGUGCUGCUGCGCCUGUCUUCGCUGUACAAACUCUAUGCCAUAUGCUUCUGUUCGUUAAUGAAUGAGCUCUCAGCUCUUUGCUUUAAA